GGUUUUGUUCCUGAUGAGUGUUUUCCAGGACUACCUGAGCUCCAUGCUGGACUGCCCACCGACCUGCAGCUGCUCCCAGACAGAGAUCUAUUGCAAUAAGUCCGACAAUGGCCGCUUUUUCCCUCUGCUCGCGCUGCAAGACACCGGGAGCAACGGGACGAACGUGGAUAUCGCGGACUUGUUCAAAAACAUCAGCUCGAUACACAUAGAGAACUGGACGGGACUGCAGACUCUGAGAGACGUCGAUAUGGAGCUGUACACCGGACUACAGAGAUUGACCAUCAUGAAUUGUAACCUGAGGGUGAUCCAGGCUCGAGCGUUUGCUCAGAAUCCACACCUACGCUACAUAAACCUGUCAAAGAACCCUCUCAGCACCCUGUCAUGGCAGCUCUUCCAGCACCUCCAACUCUCCGAGCUACGUCUGGAUGGAGUGGUGUUUGAAUGCAGCUGCGACAUCCGCUGGAUCCAGCUGUGGCAGCAGAGGGGAGAGGCAGGGCUUCACACGCAGCAGCUGUACUGCAGGAACGGAGCCUCCAAGAUACGACUGCACAACAUGUACAUCAACAACUGUGACCUCCCAGAGAUAAGUGUGAGCCACAGCAGUGUUUUGGUGACAGAGGGGGACAAUGUGACGGUGAGCUGCAACGGCUCAGGAUCACCGCUGCCUGAAGUGGACUGGACUGUCGGCAGCCUGCACUCCAUCAACACACACCUGUCGAAUGUUUACUGGCCGAACAUCCACUCCAUCAACCUGACGCUUUUCAACAUCAGCCGAGACGACAACAACUUCCAGCUGACCUGCAUCGCAGAGAAUGUGGUGGGAAUGACCAACUCCUCAAUCCAGCUUAAUGUACAGUUUCCUCCAGUUAUCUUGAGACUGGCUGAGCCUGAGCAACGUCUUGACACCUGCAUCGAAUUUACAGUUCGUGGGUACCCACACCCCAAGUUGCGCUGGUUCCACAAACAGAAGGAGAUUCUACAGAGUGACUACAUCCGAACUGACAUGGACUUCUACCAAGACUACCUGGAAGGUUGUCUUACUUUCCAGAACCCAACACACAUCAAUAAUGGGAACUACACUCUGGAGGCCAGCAACCCUCUGGGAACAGUAACCAAGACAGUGUAUGGACACUUCCUCACGCGCCCUGAUGAAGACGAGAUGUUGGAAAUAGAUCCGCCCACUGAAGGCGAUUCAGGCCCACCAGAAGAAGACACAUUUGGGGUGACCAUUGCUGUGGGUUUAGCAGGCUUCGCUUGUGUCCUCCUUCUUGUCCUGUUUGUGGUCAUCAACAAAUACGGCCGGCGUUCAAAGUUUGGUAUGAAAGGUCCAGUAGCUGUGAUCAGUGGUGAGGAAGACUCUGCCAGCCCUCUUCAUCAUGUAAACCAUGGGAUUAUUACCCCAUGUACUCUGGAUGCGGGUCCUGAUGCUGUUGUGAUCGGAAUGACUCGUAUACCUGUGGUGGAGAAUCCUCAGUACUUUAGACAUGGACACAACUGCAACAAGCCGACCACUCUUGUCCAGCAUAUAAAGCGGAGAGACAUCAUCCUGAAACGGGAGCUGGGGGAGGGAGCAUUUGGUAAAGUCUUCCUGGCAGAAUGUUACAACCUCAGCCCCACCAAGGACAAGAUGCUGGUGGCUGUCAAGACCCUGAAGGAUCCAAACCUGUCAGCCAGAAAGGACUUCCAGCGGGAGGCGGAGCUGCUGACCAACCUGCAGCAUGACCACAUCGUUAAAUUCUAUGGCGUGUGCGUAGACGGAGAUCCACUCAUCAUGGUGUUUGAGUACAUGAAGCAUGGAGACCUGAACAAGUUUCUAAGAGCCCACGGGCCAGACGCCAUGAUCCUGGUCGACGGCCAGCCGCUGCAGUCCAACGGGGAGCUGGGCCUUUCCCAGAUGCUGCACAUCGCCACUCAGAUUGCCUCAGGCAUGGUGUACCUGGCCUCGCAGCACUUUGUGCACAGAGAUCUGGCAACCCGCAACUGCCUGGUGGGCAACGGCCUUCUGGUUAAGAUUGGAGACUUCGGCAUGUCCAGGGACAUCUACAGCAGCGACUACUACAGGGUUGGGGGACACACCAUGCUACCUAUUCGCUGGAUGCCCCCAGAGAGCAUCAUGUACAGGAAGUUCUCCACAGAAAGUGAUGUCUGGAGCUUUGGAGUCAUCCUGUGGGAGAUCUUUACUUAUGGGAAGCAGCCUUGGUUUCAACUGGGUAACAACGAGGUUAUUGAGUGCAUAACCCAGGGUCGGGUACUGGAGAGGCCACGGAUCUGUCCUAAAGAGGUUUAUGAUAUCAUGCUGGGCUGCUGGCAGAGGGAACCACAGCAACGACUGAACAUUAAGGACAUUCAGAAGGUCCUGUUUGCCAUGGGAAAAGCCACUCCAGUCUACCUGGACAUCCUGGGCUAGCAGCAACCGGACGAUGGGCAGUUGGUCCGCAAACAUCAGAAAUCGACAGAGACAUAGAAGACAGAGCGACCCACAUGAAUCCAGGAUAAACCAAACCAACCUGAUCCACUGUCGAAUAACACCUGCUUCGUUUGGGAGGGACUUAAGUGCCUGCUACACUUUUGGAUAUAGUGGAUAAAACAUAUUAAAACAAAACAAAAAGAAAAAAAUAACAUACUUUUACAUUUUGUUUACUUGCUUAUAAGAUGUACAUGUUUGAAGAAAAUGUUUUUUUCCCCUUGAAAAACUGCAAAAAUACACAAAAAACGGAGAAAGAAUGGGACGAGGGCUGACAGAAGGAUAAUGGAUACGGAGAGAAACACAUCAGAGUUUAAAUCUUUCCUGGUUUUGGUUUUAUGAAUAUAUAUAGAAAUAUUACAUAUAUUUUAUAUUUAUUUCUUUUAGUCAAAGAGUUGAAGGGUCCGCCAUUCUUGAUGCUAAGGGCUUGGCCCUGUCUGAGGACGCCACCAACAAACUAUUGGCAGGGACUUGAGACGAAAGCCUUACUUGCUCUCUGAUUGGAUGGCACUGCGUUUUUAAAAGGACCUGUGAACUAACACUGACAGAUCGGCGGGAAGUGGUGCACUGCAGAGGACCUAACCAAUCAGACAACUGACAAAUCUAUUUUAAUUUAAAAAUAAUGUACAUAUUGUAAAAUUCUAUAUGUCAAAAUUAUGUUAACUUAUUUUUUUGGAUGUUACUUUGGUUCAUUUUCUCUAACUGUGAUCUGGGUUGCAAAAGUUCUAAGCUAUGGUCUUUGUUUUCAUCCUAAUUCAGUGGAGMUUUCUCUUGGGAUUUGAACCCAUGYYAGCGCUKGUUAUGUUAUGGGACGUGGUGGAGGUGAAUGAUAGUGACUACAGCCCACUGACACUGAAUCACAGACUUGAGAGGAUGUGGGAUGACUCAGAGCCAUGGUUCAACACUUUCCGACGAGGUGCUGAAACCUCACUUUUUCUUUCCAGUUCAUUUGCUUUUUAUAGCAAGAAUAAUGAGUUGAUAAGUAAUAUCUCAUGCCACACCCCUGAAACACAAACACCCGCUUUGUCAUUUUCAAGCUUUUUGGUGUGAAACUGCUAAAGAAAACAUUUUUGUAGCGGAGUGCAUAUUCAUCAUUUGUGAGCUGCAGCUGUGUUGCCUCUCUUAAAGGAGCAGUUUGAUGUUUUGUGCAAUACGACUAUUUGCUUUCUUGCUGUGAGCUUUUGAGGAACAGAGUUUUUUUAUAGACUAUUUGUUUCAAAUGUAUUGAAGAUGUAUUGAGAACACAGUUGACCUAGYUCAGCAUUAAAAAGAAACAGCCAUAUAUUUUAACUCUAGUAAUUCCUCGAUCAAAACCUCUUUGAAAUUUAUUAUAAUACAAAAUAAUGAACAAUUCUAACAUCAUACAGGUUGGAAAGCUAAAGAUGGAUUUUUCUUACUCACAGUUUUUCAUUUUGCUUUGGGAUUUUACAUUUAUUCUCAUAUGGAAACCAUUUCCAAAGCUUUUAAGGGCUUUUCAGGACCAGCUGAUAAACUCUAAAUGGCAUCAAAUUAAAUGUGGCUUGUCAUGUUA